AAUAUGGUGUUCAUCUUGUUGUGCUACUGAGGUGUGGCAACUUGGACCAAUGCAUAUAUAUGCCUGGUCCUUCAUUGUAGGGGACCGACUGCUCUGCAUAGUUGACUUUGCGAUUCAGUCCCUCAUAGGAGUUCUAUAUGAUGGUCAUAAUAAAAGGUACUACAGAUUUUUGUAAGAUCGCAAGUUUUUCUUUCCACGCUGUUGAAUGCUUCCUCAUAAUCGUGAAAUCUGCUGUGUAGAUUUAUGUUCCAUUCGAAUGGCUGUUCAACAGUAAUCUUUGAUGUCGCGAUUCGUUCAAUAAACGAUUAAUCUUACGAAAACCAGUUUGUUCAACUCUAGGUUAGGCGUUUAUAGAAUCUUUCAUUCGGUUCAGCAACAUAUGAAGACCUUGUCUGUUAUUGACAGUAGUAUUAUCCUCAUGUAUUUGUAUGCUUAAUGGGAUCUCAUAUUUUGGACUCUUGAUAAUACGUCCCUCUUUUUAAUCUGUUGGGACAUUUUUGUUCCAAGCGUCUCAAAAGAGAACGUGAAACGUCUCCAUAUCUGACUUCAAUGCUUCAGUUGGUAUUGUGUCUGUUCCUGCUGCUUUCCAUUUUGUGUUGCCCGAUGGAUUUACUUCCCACUAUUAACGGUGCAUAAUCUUUGGGAAAGUAUCCAUAUACUACUUCAAUGUUCAAUGGAUUUAAUUAGUCUGAUUGAUUCAAGGGUACUUCAAGCUGCUAUUCUUGCAUUUUCUGCUGCUUUCAAACCUCCGUGGUUAGUUUGCCUUUGUUUAUAUCUGGUCGCCUCUCUUUACCAUAUUUCUCUUCAAGCUUUUCGUGCAGCCUUGUCUACUGUUGUUUCCAGGUUUUCCACUUAUCAGCCCCAGUGCUAUCCUUCACUCGUUUUUUGUUUCUAUAUAUACAGUCUGUGGCUCGACUUCUGUUUUCGUCCAGUUAUUAUUGAAUACUUUCUUGUUUUUCCGUUCUCGAAUCUUACUCAAGCUGUCCAGAGAGAUCCAUUCUUUGUGCUGGUACUCUUUUUAAUUCAAUACCUCCUAACAUGCUGAAGGUACCUCUUAUUUAGUCCGUUUCACAGUUGCCCUCCAUAUUGAUUUCUUCCUCUACUAGAUCCUAUAAGUCCUAAAAAUUGCUGCUGCGAGCUGUUUUGAAUUCGCUGACCUUUUUAAAAUAUCAAGAAAGGCUGUAUUAAAUCUUCACAGUGCCGUUUCUUUAAUUGUUUAGUGCUACUUUCGGUCUAAUUUCAUUUUGGCCACUACGAAGUUUUGAUAUAAGGCUAUAUCAUCUUUCUUUGUUCAUACGUCCUCUAUGAACCUUCUGAAUUUUUUAAACAUCCAGAUGUGUUCGAUCUAGUUGUCCGUAGUGUCAUCUGAUGAAUUUCAUAUAACUUUGUGUAUAUGUUUGUAGGGGAAAAUGUUGCAGUUCACGACCACGUUUGUGAAGCCACACAGAUCUACCGGUCUCUUGACAUUGUUGUUUACUUUCUCCCCAGUUCAUACACCAUAAUGCCUUCAGACCAAGUUUUGUCCAUCGCGACCUUAAGUUUUGGGUCCUUCAUCAAGAUAAUUAAGUAUUUUCUUGUCAAUCUCUUUACAAUAGACUCCAGCCUCAUAAAACUGAUGUUCAUUAUCUUCGCUGCUAUCACUUAUGAAAGGGUAGCACUGGAUGACAUUCGUUGUCAUCCUUGCCUUCUUGGUUUUGAAGGAUCCUUUAAUGAUUUCGGAACAAAGACUUCCGCACUCCAUAAUCGCAUUUCGUGCUUCUUUGGACAUGAUCAUUGUAACUCCAGGUGUCGGCGAAACUUGGUUCUUCAUGACCAGAGUACAAUAAGAGUUCCUGAUGUUGGUUUAUUUGGUCCAAAUUGUGUCCAAUAAGUUUUACCUUUUCCAAGCACGGUCAGUUUGAAUAUUUUCAUUUGUGCUGCUAUUUGAGUGACCCUCUCAGUCUCCUUCAUUAUUCAGACAUUCCACAUACUGACAUUAGUUGUUGCUCUGGUUGUCAGAAGGGGUUUUGGCCUCGCGGCUUCCAAAUAAUUUCAGUUUUCAUCAUGAAGUGUCAUAACGUUUCGAUAUGAAGACCCUAAGUAGAGUUAAAUUCUGUAAAUAGUUUGUUCUGGCUAGGAUUUUUGUAACGCUCUUUUUUUUUUACAAAGGUGGGGUUAUUAACUCUACGUCCAGCUCUCCUUUACUCGGUCUUGGGUCGGUAGUAAUCCUAGAUUAGUUUCAAGUGGAUAUAAUUCUCCAUUACUUCCUAGUAUUUCAGUUAUUUUAUCCAUUCCGACCAGUUAUGCUUAUUGUGUAAUCCUAGUUAAUAAAUAAUCCUACAAAUAUCGAAAAAUAGAGGUGAAAAUCUGCGCACAUAAUUAUUAUUUCAAACUCAAUGGAUUUAAUAUCCUCACUAUCCUUUAUCCAGCCUUGGGACGUGCACUAACUCUGAAGGGGUUCCAGCAGGAGUCACAUUCAACGUCUGUUGGCUAGUGACUCCCCCAACUCCUUUUAUGGUGUUUGGCUUUUUUAUGGUGAUGGUUAGAUUUAACAUUAUGUCUUGCACAAAGCUCUGUGUUUCACAUCCUGUCAGAAAAUACUCCUUUCACAGGUACCAUGGUACAAUCAUACAACUCAUGGGCUAUAAUUUAGACAGCAAUACAGUAUUGUAUGUCACAAUACGGUAUGUGCUUGACCCUCUACACAAAGAAGAACUCUAUUUUAUGCUUGGUAGUGAUCCGGGUAAUUCAUUUGUGUAAAUUACGGUGCGAAACAUUUUAAAAGCAAUAAACCCAAGACUACCGGUAGAUGAGCGGUAUAUCAUAAGGUCCAAGCAAAGAAUUAUCAGGAUAUCUGUCUACUUGAAAUAAUUAGGAAUGGAGAUAUGUAGUAUUUAAAAGGAAAGGUUAUUUGUUAGUAAUGGGAAUUGGUUGUGACUCUAAUGGGCUGCAGUUAAAAUCGUCCCUGCUGCUAGUAAGCAACAAAAGAAGUCAUGAGCUUUUUCACUUGUCCUUAUCGUUCCGGACUUGUGUGUUGAUAAAGAAUCAUUAACCCAUUCAGUGUAAGUUUGUUGAAAGCAAUAGUGUUGUUAACGUAAAUAAAUUGUUUAAAACAGAGAGAAACUAUCGAUGCAUCCCAUUAUGAAGUAAUAGUGACAUGGAUUCGGUUCGCUAUUGCCGUCUUUCUGGCAGCUAAAAAGUUGGAAAGUUUCAAUUUUUCAUAUUGAAUCUGAUCUAGCUGAAUGCACUUUCUACAUUGCCCAAGAAACUAGUUUCAUUGAUAAGUCAUUACUUGAAGUUAAUUACUUGAUACCAUGUUUACUGAAAUAACUAUAUCCGUAUGCUCCUUUAUUCAAGCCAGGAUUAAUAACUAUAGAGGAUUCAGCCCAAAUAUUAUUUUCAGAUAAUUUGAGCAUUUCAGAGAUUAAAAAACUUGUACUACGUCAUUGAACAGAGGUAACUUUUAUUUGGAUUCACGAUGGAAAAAAUAGGGAUUUUUAAUACUGUUUUUUCACUAGUUACCACAUUUCUCCUAUGAAUUGUUUCUAAAAAUUUUUGCACUUCUGUAUUUAAAACUAUUCCUGCAACUUGUGCACAUUGUAGGUGUGUUGCCGACCCAAUUCCACUUUCUCAGUAUGUAAUAGCUCUGAUAAAAAAAGAUAAAGGCGAGCAGGAACUAAGAGAAAUAUGUAUUGACCAGUUGGAAGUAUUCUUGCAAGAAAAUACAGCAAAGUUCGUGGAGGAUUUGUUUGCUGUACUUAAAUCAAGAACAUAUGUUGCAUGUGAAACACUGAAACCAAAUCAGUCAUCUUCGGACAACUCUUGCUCAAAAGAUUUUUCUGGAAAAAACCCUUGUGGAAAUACUUCUUUUGAUAAUGUAUCAAAAGACAGGAAAAGACAUUUGACAAACAAUAACACUAACGCUUCAAAUGUCACGGACACUUGUGCUCCCAAGCAGAAACGAAAACGCUCACCGGAGACUAAAGCAAAAAGAAUAUCGUCAGAUAGUCGUUCACGCAGUCCCCACUCCCCAGGAAGACCAAUAAAUAAUGCAAGUACAACAAGUAGGCAACAUGGGAAAGAACUUGAAUCACAUGUAGAUUCCUGCAGUCGUGGGCGUCAUAAUAAUCACUCAGAAGAGUCUAGCUUAAAAACAGUGGAUGGUCAUAUCAGGCGCAAUUCAUCAGGUAGUUCAAAUGAAGAAGUUACUCAUUCAAAUACAAUUUCAUCGCGUCGAAAUAGGUAUCAUGAUUCGGAAUCACAUAAGUAUAACAAUCGGGAGCGUAUCCACUCACGGGAUAAAGAUGAGCAUAGCAAUCGUUCUUGUAAAUCUUUUGCGAAGUCUGUCACCGAUUAUAGAGUAGUUGAUGAAAAGUGUCGGGGUGUAAGAAGCCGUCGCUGUCGUGAUUUUGAAGAGCGUGGUUUUUGUGUAUAUGGAGACAGAUGUCAGUAUGACCAUGGCCCCAAUGCUUUGGUAAUUUCGUCUGCUAAAUCUGCUGUGUCCGCCAUCGCUCAUCUCACAAACCCUCUGUUAGAUACUAAUGCACUCUCAAGUAAUACUGAGGAUUUAUCAAUGAAUAUUGGAAAAGAGGCAUCGAAAUCUAGUACACUUCAGCCGCAAUCUUUUGUAGCAGCUGUUUUAUCUGGACCAACUGACCUUAACGAUCUAAACCAACAUAUUGGUACUCCUCUUAUUCCUGUUUAUCACCCGACUCCAAUUAAUCAUCCAGAUAAUCAAAUGUUAAUGACCUGUUGCAUUGAUCAGCCACUGGAUACUGGAUUACUUCCUCAGGUUCCUAACCCUUCUGUUUUGUAUAAUAAAUCCAAUUGGAAGCAUCCCCGUUUACAGAAUAACGUGCAACAACGUCCUAAUAAUUUUCGCGUAUUUAACAACACCAACACUAUUAGUCGAAAUAUAGUUCCUUUGCCAAUGAUUCAAAAUACUACUAAUAAAGAUCAGUCCGAAAUUAAUCCAGCUCCUCCUGCUUAUGAACCAGAUCGACCACAUUUGUCCAUGAUUUCGACGUCCGAGUCCAAUAUUCUACCGUCUUGCGAUACUUCGGAUGUAGGACAUAAUGCUUCUACCCCACCACUAUCAUAUAAACCCAGUCCUAUCACUGAACAAAUCAGUUCAUAUGCUGUAGUCCCAAAAGCAUCAGGAGUCACAGAUCUUUCUUUGGAUACCACUUCUCGAACUAUCGAUCCUCGUACUACUCUGUAUAUCGAUCGUCUUCCUUGGAAACUUAAUGAUGCGGAUAAAAUUCGUGAGCAUUUUUCCCAAUUUGGUCAUGUAAUAAACGUCAUCGCUAGAUACAAGGGCAUGGUAGGGUCCGCAGUGGUUGAGUUUUCUUCAUCAGAUGAAGCUGAAAAAGCCUAUCGAAGCCCCAUUCCUAUGUUUUCAAAUAGAUUUAUUCGGAUUUACACUCGUUUUCCAGAAAAUUUCAAACACAAUGCUCGAAGUAUGACUAGUCGUUUCCCUCGUCCCAAGAGUAUACUGGAUCGUUUAGGAACACGGCCUGUUGCUGGAAAUAACAAAAUUAAUUCAUAUUCAUGGAUGAGUAUGACUAAUGACUGUAUAGAAAGUCAACAGGUUCCUGACAGCAUUCUUUCUGAUCACACUCUCCAAAGGGGUAAUAGAUCUCGUUGGCGUUUAGAACGUAAUCCAACUAGUGGAGAUGCCUUAUUAUCUGGUGAUGAAGAUGACGAUUUAAUUGACGAAAAUCCGACCAUAGAUGGUCAUGAACGAAAUUCUGCCACUUUCAUCAAAGAACGUAAUAAAGCUUUUAACCAAACAAUGGACAAAGUAGUAGAUAAUUAUGUUGAUCUUAAUGUCGAUCAAGAGUCAUUAUUAUUUACUCGUAAUACUCUUUAUGAUACAGCAAGACAGUUCAAUAAUAAUAGUAAUAAUAUAACUGUUACGUCAAGUCCUUAUACUUUGUCGCAUAAACAAGAGGCUGAGGCAAUUCUUUGGGAGCGUCGUAAAAUGGCUGCAUUGAGACAACGUAAAGAACAACUUAUGCUUUUAGAUAAGUCUCGUGAAGCCCGAGAAUCAGUGAUUGAGGCUCGAAAACAACGAAUCACUAAACUGAAAUUACUUCUUGAAAGAGUAAUGAGUCAGUUGGAAAAUAAUCGUACUAGCGAAACAGACAAUGGUACAGAUUCAAAACCACUGACAUUGGAUGAAAGACGGAAAUUACUUACUGAAGCCAAACGGCUACAAAUUGAGCUUGAAUCAACUUUGGAAGCCGAGAAGAAAGAUUUGGAUAUCCGAAGUUCAAACCGAGAAUCAAACAGCAAAAAAAUGUUCACUUCAAAACCAUUAGGAAGCACAACAAUUAGCGCGGCUGCAUUACAAGCAUUACCGAGUCCAAUUAGAUUGGAAAGACAAAAGCAAAUCUCUGAAAUUCAAAUCGAAAUCGAUAAAUUGGAAGCAAAUCUACGUGAGGCAACUCAUGAUGAUGUUAAAUUAAAAGAAGGUCGUCGAAGGAUUGUAGAACUUAAGCGCCAGCUUGUCGACUUGGAGACAGUCCGGCCUUCAGAUAUGUUUUUGUCUCAAAACACAAGCGGUUGUGCUCCUGGCGACAAUGCCGCAUACCCGAACAGAACUCAAACCAAACUUGAUAAGCGACCUCGAACUUUGUAUAUUACUGGCAUCGAAUCAGAUGAUGUAGAAAACUUUCAGAAUGCCCUCUCACUAAAUUACUUGCAUACACAAUCUUGUACAAAACAAACUAACCCUGAAACUAAUCAGUUAGUGCUGGAAGUUACGUUUUGCACUCGUGAUUUUGCCGAGGCAGCUAUUCGUCAGUUUACGCAGUUUCAUGGACGUGAUUUACAAAUGAGUUUUGUGUAUCCAGCAUUGUCCGAAACUAAAGCUGGAAAUUUUAUUGAUAAUGAUGCAAAACAUGUUUCGUCCACACAAAUUGAAACUUCAGAUCAAUUACAAGCUAUCACAUCUUCAGAGUCUUUGGAUUAUUCUGCUCAUUCCAACUCUACGUCUAGUACUGCUCUGAAUACUAUGUCCUUAUGACUAACAUCCAGUUCCCUAUCCGAAUAUCGCUAGUAAUUUGUGUAGAAAGAAAUAAAUUUCCUCAUGCGAUAUCUCCCGAAAAUAACGUUUUUUCUUUGAGAAAAUAUAUUUUAUUUAAAGCUUUUCUACUUCAAAAGUUUUUUCACUGUUUGGUUAUGUACACACUGUUUCUUGGUAAUGAGUUGAGUAACAACUGACUUUAUUUUCUGUGAAAGUGAUAUAGUAGAUUCUAACAAUAAACCCACUAUUCUCCUUUUGC